CCAAAGUUGCAACAUUUUUCUGCUACGUCGAUGAUUUUCUGUCAAAGAGAAGCCGGCGUUCAAAUAUUAUGAAUAGAUUUAUUUUCUAAUUUUAAUUGGAAGCCCUUAAAAACUUCCAUUUACUUGAGAGAAACAGAAGCUACAUUAGUUUUCGUAGUUUGUUUUUCUUUUUACAAUGUCCCGUUGUUUAAUACCACUAUUCGUGCUCAGUUUAUUAGCUGUUAGCAAUGCAAUAUUACAAGGAACAGUAGAUGUGAAACGACUUCAAGGAAUACUUGAGGAGGGAUUGAAAAGUAAUGAUAUCAGUUCAUUUUAUUACUCUGUAAAAGGCCUUACACAACUUAAAGCCAAAUUACCAGAUCUCUGUGAUAUCAUUAAAAACUAUAAAUUUGAUGAAAAAAAUGUUGAGCAAGUAUUUUAUAUCACGAAUGCAGCAGCUUUGUCUGAAUGCCAGAAUUCACUUAUGCCUAAUGUACUUAGUGCUCCAACGCUAGUUCUAGACAGGCAAGAUUCAAGUCUUCAAGAAAUAUAUUGGGCAGUGUACUCACUGAAGGCCAUGGGAAGAGGCACAGUUUUCGAUAAAGAGGAUGCUUUGAAGAAUCUUAUUCAAUUGUUGAAAAAAGAUGACACACCAGCUAAUUAUGGCUACUUGUUCGCUCUAUGCGAGCACAUCGGCUGCGAGGCGUGGACGGGUACUCACGCCGAGAGUGCUCUGCUGGCCGCGGACGAGACUGACGGUCGUGCGCUGCACUUUGAUGGAGGUCUGCCCGUCACCUCCUUCUUGCUCACAUCUAUAUUGAGGACGUACAAGUCGCUGAAGAAGCCGUCCCCGCUGAGCGCGGAGCAGCGCCACAAGUUCGGCGCGUACCUGCUGUCGCGGCGCUCCGUCACGUCGCCGCGCGGCGCCGCGCUGCUGCUGGACGCCGCGCUCGCGCUCGCCGACGACCAGCCAACACCAAUCGCCAUCGUUUUUAAAGACAAGAAGUAUAUCACCUCGGAAUCAGACACAAUUGAAUUCUCUGUCACCGAUAUAAUCGGCAGGCCAAUACCCAACUUGAAACCUGAUGAAGUCGUCGCUCAGUCAGGCACCAGGCUCGCUGACGACGUAGUAGUCCUGUCUAAACAACCUCUGACCCAAAAGCCAAAGGAACCGACAACAUUCGUCCUCAACCUGAGUAAAAUCAAGGCUCAGCACGGUCUCUACAAGAUUGCCCUAAGCGCUGGCACUAAAUCGGCUAACUUCAACAUCGCAGUAUUGGGUGAAAUACAAGUGUCGAAUAUUGAAAUUGGCGUCGGUGACAUCGACGGCACAACCAGCCCGAAGAUCACCACUGUGAGCUAUCCUAACAAGUUGUCAGAAAAAUUGCAUGCUGAUCAUUUGCAAAAGGUGACGCUGAAGUUCACGGCGCGCGACAAGUGGAACAAGCCAGUGGUGGUGCAGCAAGCCUUCGUGCGCAUAGCGGCCGAAGGCUCCGAGCGCGAGGCCAUCUAUGUAGCCGAGACCGACUCCAGCGGCGCUUACCGAGUGGAUCUGCACGUGAGCUCGAUGGCGCCGCACCUGCUGGUGGGCGGCGAGUACACCGUGACGGUCCUGCUGGGCGACAGCGCGCUGGCCGCGCCGCUGUCCUGGGCCUGCGCCGACCUCGCGCUCAACUUCGGCCGCGACCGCGCGCUCGGUGAGCCAGCGGCUGCGAGCGCCCGACGCGGCGCGCAGCCGGAGAUCGCGCACACGUUCCGUGCGGCCGAGGCGCGGCCGGCGCGCCUGCUGUCCGACGUGUUCGCGCUGGCGUGCGGCGCGCCGCUGCUGCUGCUGCUGGCGCUGUGGGCGCGCCUGGGGCUCAACCUGCGGCUGUUCCCGCCGCUACCGCUGCCCGCGCUCUCCGCCGCCUUGUUCCACCUCGCGCUCGGAGGCUCGCUAGCGCUGUACGGGCUGCUGUGGCUCCAGCUGAGCAUGUUCGACACGCUGCGCUACCUGCUGCCGCUGGGCGCGCUCACCUUCCUGGCCGGACACCGCCUGCUGCGCCAUCUAGGGGACAAGGCCGCGAAACACUAGUGCUAACUAUAUUUAUAUAACUAGCAAUAAAUUUAUAUAUUUAAAUUUAGCUUGUUUCUGUUUUAAAUGUCACAUGUAGGUCGUAAUUUCCUUAUUUCUAAUCAUGAAAUCAAACGAUCGAUUUUUUUUUUAUUGGUACCAAUUUGUAAAUAACGUUUGCUUUUUGUUUAGUAUAAUACAGUUGUGGUCUCGAUUUAAGUAUAUAAUAAUAUCAUAUUGUUUGUUAGUUUAUUGAAAGUAAAUCUUUACCAAACUUGUACACGCAAUACAUUAUGUUUCCAGAUAUCAGAAUAAUAACACUUGGUUCCUAUAUGUGUAUUUAAUAUUGUUGUUUCGUUUAUUAGUUUAAAAUACACUUGCAAUAAAAUAAUAAAACAUUGAAA